AGAGCUGGUUAUUGUUAAAACCCUAAGGCCUAAACCACUCACGCCUCUCUCUGUAGCAGCAAUCCCUCUCCGUAGCAGCAAUCCCUUCUGGUCCUCUCUUCUUCUCUUUCUAACACAAGAUGGUGAAGAGGAGCAAGAAGAGUAAGAGUAAGAGGGUUCCUCUGAAGAAGAAGUACAAAAUCAUAAGGAAGGUGAGAGAGCACAACAGAAAAAAGACCAAAGAAGCAAAAAAGCUUCAAUUAAGUGGAAAGAAGAAGGUAGAGAAAGAUCCUGGUAUUCCCAAUGAUUGGCCCUUUAAGGAACAGGAACUUAAAGCCCUUGAAGCUCGCAGAGCCCAAGCUAUUCAGGAAUUAGAGCAAAAGAAAGCUGAACGCAAAGAAAGGGCUCGAAAAAGGAAAUUGGGCUUGCUAGAUGAAGAGGAAGAUCCCAAAUUGGGCGAACCGAAGUCUCUGAAGGAUAGUAAUGAUUUUGCAACUGUUGCGAAAACUAGAGAUAGCUCGGAUAGGGCUUUUUACAAGGAUUUGGUUAAGGUGAUUGAAGCGUCUGAUGUGAUUUUGGAGGUCCUUGAUGCCCGGGAUCCUUUGGGUACUCGUUGUGUCGAUAUAGAAAAGAUGGUGAUGAAAUCGGGACCUGAUAAGCAUCUUGUAUUGCUUUUAAAUAAAAUUGAUCUUGUGCCUCGAGAAGCCGUGGAAAAGUGGCUCAAGUACCUUAGAGAAGAAUUGCCUACUGUGGCCUUCAAGUGCAGCACACAACAACAACGGUCAAACUUAGGAUGGAAGUCUUCUAAGGCAGCCAAAUCAAGUAAUACUUUGCAAUUGAGUGAUUGUCUUGGAGCUGAUACUCUCCUCAAAUUGUUGAAGAAUUACUCAAGAAGUCACGAGAUCAAGAAGUCAAUCACCGUGGGUUUGAUUGGCCUGCCCAAUGUUGGCAAGAGUAGUCUUAUUAAUAGCUUAAAGAGAUGCCAUGUUGUCAAUGUUGGUGCUACUCCUGGGUUAACAAGAUCAAUGCAAGAGGUUCAAUUGGACAAAAACGUCAAGUUGCUGGAUUGCCCUGGUGUUGUUAUGCUGAAGUCUCAAGAAAAUGAUGCUUCCAUUGCUUUAAAAAAUUGCAAGAGAAUUGAGAAGUUAGAUGAUCCAGUUAGCCCAGUGAAGGAAAUUCUCAAGCUCUGUCCGGCCAGGCUGCUGGUAACACUUUAUAAGAUCCCGAGUUUCGAUACAGUUGAUGACUUCCUACAGGUGGUAGCUACAGUUAGGGGCAAGCUCAAGAAGGGUGGAAUAGUUGAUAUUGAUGCUGCUGCGAGGAUUGUUCUCCAUGAUUGGAAUGAGGGUAAGAUUCCAUAUUAUACCAUGCCUCCAGUUAGGGAUCAAGGGGAACCUUCAGAGGCGAAGAUAGUUUCUGAAUUUUCAAAAGAGUUUAACAUUGAUGAAGUCUACAAAAAUGAUACUUCAUUUAUUGGGAGCCUCAAAUCUGCUGAUGACUUUAAUCCUGUUGAAGUUCCUUCAAGUCGCCCUUUCAAUCUUGAUGAGAAGAUGAUAGAGGAUGACACACAAAUUAAACCAUCUGAACAAGGUCAAGGUCCUGGAAACAUGGCUGAGAAUGAUGCUGAUGAAUCUAUGGAAUAUGAUGAUGAUGAUGAUGAUGAUGAUGUUAGUAAGAACAAGGGGAACAGUGCAGCAAGUAAGCAGAAUGAAAAAUUAUAUGCUGCUGAUGGUAUGCUUAAUACAAAACUGAGGCGAGCAGAGAAGAAGAGAAGGAAAAAGGCUAACAAAGCUUUAGCCUCAUCGGAUCCCAUGGAUGAUGAUUAUGACUUUAAAGUUGAUUAUUUCCAAAAGGGAGCCACAAUGGAUGCUGAAGAGAGCAAGAGUGAGGAGGAUGAUGUUGAUGAACAAGUCAACUCUGAGAUGCCCAUGUCUAGUAUUCAGGUUGAUGAAUGAUGGGGAGAAUGGACACAGCCAAAAUUUAGACAUAAGGUGCUUCUAUUCUAAACUUAUUCUAGUUUCGAAGAUUUGAAAUUGUUGCAGUAAUUGAUCAAUCGCGUAUAUAUUAUUUUGGCAUGGUACGAACAAAUUUUUGGAGGUCAAGAUUUGUGUCCAAUUGAGGCUAUGGUAAUGCAAUUUUGUUUUCGGAUGUUUUACUAUCACUAUAUGUAUUCUCCUGUCUGUAACCGUAACCAUUUGGAAUAACUUCGUACAACACGUUUUUCUUUUUUAAUGUUAUUUAUCACAUAUUUGUUGAUUAAAGUAAAGCUUAAUAAAAACACCUACGCUUGUUUUAU